UCGGGAGGGGGAGGGGGCGCAGUUUGAGGGGGAGGGGAAAACAUUCACUGAACGUUUCCGAGAAACUCUGUCUGGACCGUGGUUUCUCCCACAUCAUCCCGACCGGCGUCGGCUCUUUGGUGUCAGCGCGUUUGCAUGCGAUGAUUGACAGCCGGCAGGCCAAUCGCCUCGUCCUCUCUAGCUCGGGGAGUUGCCCCAUGUAGGACCCCGGUCCGCGAGCUCUGGCCUGCGUGGUUACGCCCGCGGACCGGCUUCCUCUGUUCCAGGAUGGUGAAUGUCUGGCCCACAGGCUAUAUAUAAGGCUGGCGAAAUCAUUUCAUCUGACCCUGCCAAAGCAAUUGCAGAUUCAUCCUGAUAUUCUAACCUGUGGCAUUUCAGUGAUGCUAUCAAAAUGUGGAUACUUAACAAUUGAAUACCAGUACACUACCCUAUUACAGCAAACCAUACCAGAGUCGCUGUCCUUCAGAUUAGAGCCCUGAAGUGAAGAAGAUAUGGCUUCCCAUGGAAAGAGUACUGAUCACACAAAUCCUGUACUGAGAAUAAGUCAGUUGGAUGCCCUGGAAUUAAACAAAGCCCUGGAACAAUUAGUUUGGUCCCAGUUUACUCAUUGUUUUCAUGGGUUUAAGCCAGGGUUCUUAACCCGGUUUGAACCUGAGGUAAAAGCAUUUUUGUGGCUUUUCUUAUGGAGAUUCACCAUUUACUCCAAGAAUGCCACUGUGGGACAGUCAAUUAUGAAUAUCCAGUACAAGAAUGAUUUUUCUCAAACUCAGAAAUAUCAGCCACUAAGUAAAAAUCAAAAGUUAUGGUAUGCUAUUUGCACAGUUGGAGGAAGGUGGUUAGAAGAAAGAUGUUAUGAUUUAUUCCGUAACCACCAUUUAGCAUCAUUCUAUAAAAUCAAACAGUGUACUAAUUUUAUUGUUGGACUUUUGAAAUUAAGUAGUUUGGUUAAUUUUCUGAUUUUCCUUCAAAAAGGAAAGUUUGCUACAUUGACAGAGCGUCUUUUAGGUAUUCGAUCUGUAUUUUGCAAACCCCAAAGCAUUCGAGAAGUUGGCUUUGAAUACAUGAACAGGGAACUUUUGUGGCAUGGUUUUGCAGAAUUUUUGAUCUUUCUUUUACCACUUAUUAAUAUCCAAAAGUUGAAAGCCAAAUUGUCAUCUUGGAGUAUCCCUAUCACAGGUAUUCCUAACAGUGAUGAUACAUUAGCCAUUCAUGGCAAAGAAUGUUCCCUUUGUGGAGAGUGGCCCACUAUGCCUCAUACCAUAGGUUGUGUACAUGUGUUUUGUUAUUAUUGCAUUAAAAGCAGUUACUUGUUUGACAUGUACUUCACUUGUCCUAAGUGUGGCACAGAAGUGCAGAAUUUGCAACCACUGAAGUCAGGGAUUGAAAUGUCAGAAGUGAACGCUCCUUAGAAACAGAAAUCUACCUUCUUUAAGCAAAAUAGGAAAUACUUAAGAAUGCAUGUAAGAUUCACUGUUUCAAAUCUCUUUGAUAUAUAUAAGAAGUAAUCCCUGGAAGCUACAUUAUAUCAAAUUUAUUAUGUAAAUUCUAAUCUUGAAAAUAAAAAUAUCAUGAGUUU